AUGGGGAGAGCUCCAUGCUGUGAUAAAAAUGGCCUUAAAAAAGGUCCAUGGACUCCUGAAGAAGAUCAAAAGCUUGUUACUUUUAUUCAAGUUCAUGGCCCUGGAAAUUGGCGUAAUCUUCCUAAAAAUGCUGGGCUUCAAAGAUGUGGAAAAAGUUGUAGGCUUAGAUGGACUAAUUAUUUGAGGCCUGAUAUUAAGAGAGGGAGAUUUUCUUUUGAAGAAGAAGAGACCAUUAUUCAAUUGCAUAGUGUUUUGGGAAACAAAUGGUCGGCAAUAGCAGCUCGCUUGCCUGGAAGAACAGAUAACGAGAUCAAGAACUACUGGAACACCCACAUACGAAAAAGGCUCCUUCGGAUGGGAAUCGACCCAGUAACCCACACUCCUCGGAUCGAUCUUCUCGACCUAUCGUCGAUUCUUUCUGCUGCCAUCCGAAGCCACCCACUCCUCAGCCUCUCAACUUUAUUGAACAACCACCAAACCACAACCCUAAACUCCGAAUCCCUAAGGCUAAUUUCCACCCUCUUAGGGCUCAAACAAGAAGACCCAAAUACCAAUAAUUUCCUUCUUCAAGCUCAGGUUCAAGCUCAAGUUCAAGCUCAAAUGGAUUCAUUAUCACAGCUCUUACAACCCAUUGAUGACAUUAAUAAUACAAAUAAGUCUUCUUCAAUCCCCAUUUCUACAUUUGUUGACGGCCCAAAUUCUUCACAAGAAAAUCUGAAUUUCUUACCUUCAAAUUUGAAUGGUGAGGAUAUUUUGAUGAAUCAAGCUAAUUACUUGUACGGCGACGAUGGCUCGAAUCCAACGGCUUCAAAUUUUCCAGAAAUUUCAAAUAAUAAUGUUCAAAAUUUAGGGUUUGAUUCUGUAAAAUCAAGCCCUACGCAGUUGAAUUCUUCAUCUACUUAUAUAAACAGCAGCAGCAGCAAUGAGGAUGAGAAGGAUAGUUUUUGUAGUAAUUUUUUGCAGUUUGAAAUUCCUGAAGGUUUGGACUUUGCUGAUUUCAUGUAAAUAUAUUUGGA